AUGGCCAGCAAGAAGCGAAUCACAAAGGAGCUCACCGAGCUCAGCAACGAGCCAGUCCCUGGCAUCACCAUCGAGGCAAAGGAAGACAACAUCUACAAGUGGACGGCCAAGCUCGAGGGCCCGGCCAGCAGCCCGUACGCAGGCGGCACCUUCCUCGUCGACGUCGACUUCCCCAUCGAGUACCCCUUCAAGGGCCCCAAGGUCCGUUUUGCUACCCGCAUCUACCACCCAAACGUCGACGAGGGCGGAAACCUCUGCGUCGGCAUCCUGAAGUCCGAGGCAUGGAAGCCCUCGACCAAGGCGUCUACCAUCCUUCUGUCUAUCCUGCAGCUCCUGGAAGAGCCCAACCCUGACGAUGCCCUGGUGGCGUCGAUUGCCGAGGUCUACAACAACGACAGGGCCAAGUUCAACAAGACGGCACAAGAGCACACGAAGAAGUACGCAACGGCGUGA